ACUCACAAAGCAAGCAAAAACAAAAGAAAAAUUACGAAAAAUACAGAAGCAAAAUCUAAAGUCCAAUUUUGAAAAAUGGCAUCUCACAAUCAGAGCUAUAGAGCUGGUGAAACCAAGGGACGAGCUGAGGAGAAGACGAACGAGACGAUGGGUACGAUGGGGGACAAGGCCAGAGAAGCAAAGGAGAAGACAUACGAAACUGGGCGGGCCGCAAGGGAGAAGGCCCAUGGAGCAGCGGACUCGACAAAAGAAUGGGCCUCAGAUACGGCCCAAGGGGCCCGUGAGAAGGCCCAAUCUGGAAAAGAGACAACCGGAGGGAUUCUAGAGCAGACUGGUGAGAAAGUGAAGAGUAUGGCCCAAGGAGCAGCGGAUGCUGUGAAAAGCACUUUUGGGAUGGCCCAGCACGAUGAUGAAGUGGACAAAGACAGUGACCCCACCACAAUACCGUAGGGCUUAAGUCGUAAUUUCGGAUCUAUGUGGGAAUGUAGUUGUCUGUGUCUGUGUGUCUGUUUGUUUGGCUGAUUUGGUUGUUGUUGUGUUUUUGUGUUGUUGUAAUCUGAAGAAAAUGCUUCCUCCCUUUUUGUUGGAGAAGGUGUUUGUUUUGUUUGAAUAAGAAAAUCCUUUUCUUUACACUUAA